AUGAAGAAUCGGACGGCGAGCAUUCGUCCUGGCAUUCGCAUCACAGGAACCGACACGGGCAUUCUGAAGAUCACUCGCACCGCCAUGACCGCAGCCACAGCCAUGGCCACCGUAGCCAUGAGGGAGCUCCACGGGGGGGGCGGCGCGGGGGGAGAGGUCGGGGGAGCGGUAGCUGGCGCGGCGGCGGUGACUGCGGCGGGGGUGGCGGUGGGGGAGGCGAUUUCGACGCCUGUGGGGGAGGUAGUGAGUGAUGUGAUUGGGGGAGGGUUUUUCAGCGGAUUCCUGGGGGAGGGUAUGUUCGAGGGUAUGUUUGGUUCGGGUACCGCUGGUUAUCCUCUUUUUGGGAGUCUCGAUACAAGUGUAGAGUUUGCGAUUCGGUUUCUGUUCGCGACGAUCGGGCUGGGAGGGUUUGCGCUGGCGAGACACGUGGCAAGGAUGCACCACGAGAGGACACACCAAAAGGAGGCAACCUGGGGCGAGAAGGUGCUCGGAAACUUUCGAAACUCGUGGGAUGCGGCGUGGGACAUGUGGGGUAACACCGGAUUGAGCAACCCCAUGACGUCUUUACUGGGGGAGGGCGCAUCUGACGGCGGGGAGACCGACAGCAGGGGCAGCAACGGCCGGGGUAAAACAGAGGCGGAGGAAGAGAAAGGGAAGAAGAAGGGGAAGAAGAACGGGAAGAAGGACGGAGGCAAGGAGGGGCUAGUAGUGGGGGUGUGGGAGUCGAUGGUGGGGGGGAGCAAGAAGGAGCGGCGGGAGCGGGCGGCGAUGGUGGUGGGGGGCGUGGAGCUGGGCGUGUGGAUGUUCGUGACGUAUGCGGGGCAGGCCAUCGGGCUCGAAACCACCUCCGCCGACGACGCUGCUCUCAUCCUCACCGUCUCGGUGGUGCUGGUUCCAUUCCUGGAGGCCCUCUCAGGCACGCCCAUCAACCGCAGCGUGUGGAUCGCCACACUUCUCGCUUGCACCGGCAUGGUGAUGCUGGAAGGCGGGGAGACCGUCACUGCUGCUGCAGUAGCAGCUACGCCCACUCCCUCACCCACACCUGUUCCCUCACGUAUGCCUAUUCCCUUACUUACCCCCUCGACCACACGAACAGGCAUGGUGAUGCUGGAAGGCGGGGAGACCAUCACUGCUGUCGCAGUAGCAGCCACACCGGCUGACAUCAUCGCCAGCUCAGCAUCAGCUUCCUCCAAUGCCAUCGCUGACACGGCAGCAGCAGCGCUGGCGUCGGUGCCUGUGCAAUGGAGCCUACCUGUGGGCCACGUGUGGUGCCUCAUUGGCGCUGUGGGCUCUGCCAUCCACGUGGUGCGCUCCGAGGUCCUAUGUGCACGCUACGACCCGCUCGUCCUUGUAAUCCUGCAGCUGGGCACCACAGCAGCUAUCGGCGUAGUGUGGGUGCUGCUCUCGCUGGCAGGCAUCGCGCUCACAGCAGGGGGGGGUGCAGUGGCGGGGAUCGACGGCAGCGGGGCAGCAGUGGCGUGGAACCAGCUGCUGGCCGUGGCUGCUGCUGCUCCUAUCGGCAUGGCACUGCUGGCUGGGCCGUUCGGAACAGGCAUGUGCGAGUGGCUGGAGAUGGAAGCGUUGCGCUUCGUGCGAGCAUCCACAGCCACGCUCAUUCUCACCAUGAGCCCCCUCUGGGGCAGCCUCCUGGCCUUCUUUUUGUUAGGAGAAACACUUAGCACGUCGACUGCCGCGGGCGCAAUUCUUAUUCUGCUUGCCAGCCUGGAAGUGCAGCUAUUAGCACCACAUGCAGAUGGAGAGGACGAGGAGGGCGAGGAGGGGUAUGAACGGUAUGUGCAGGAAGGGAGGGGUGGAUGGUUAGGGUUUGGCAAGAAAUGGUGA